AUGCAAGACGGAGGAGGCAUCGAUCCGGCAUGCGGUUUUGAACAGUUAGGCGCCGUGCCAACUUUUGACGACAGUUCGCCCUCAGAUGAAACCGACGAGGCAGACGACCUGGACACCCCGCAACACUCUGUGGACCAGCAGCUACGGCCGGUGGUGAGACGCGCACAGCUGCCCACGGGCGUCUGCUACGAUGACCGCAUGAAGCUACACGCCAAUGCUGAUUUCGGCGGCAAGCCACACCACCCUGAGGAUCCUGGCCGUAUAGAGCGCAUCUACCACAAGUUCAAGCAAGCAGGCCUGAUCUUUCAGGGCAGCGAGGCGGACGCCAUCGAGGUCAGACGCAAGAACCCCACGCUGUACAUGUGGAAGAUUCCGUGCAGGCAGGCGACCGAGAAGGAGAUCUGCACGGUGCACCUGGAACGGCACUACGACUGGGUGCGCAGCCUGUCGGAGAAGUCGACCGAGGAACUGCGGUCCAUUACCAAGUUGAUGGACGCAGGUCGGGAGUCUAUCUACGUAGGCAGCAUGACCUUCGAGGCUGCCCUGAUCUCUGCCGGCGGUGCUAUUGAGACCUGCAAGGCCGUCGUCAGGGGCGAUGUCAAGAACGCAUUUGCCGUCAUCCGUCCUCCAGGCCACCAUGCUGAAUAUGACUGCCCCAUGGGCUUCUGCAUGUUCAACAACGUGCCUGUUGCCGCCAAGGUCUGCCAGCUCGAGUACCCAGACCUGUGCCGCCGGAUUCUGAUCCUGGACUGGGACGUGCACCACGGCAACGGCAUCCAGAACAUCUUCUACGACAACCCCAACGUGCUCUACAUCUCGACCCACGUCUACCAGAACGGCCACUUCUACCCUGCGCAGCCUGACGACCCCAACAUCCCCGACGGCGGCCUGGACAAGUGCGGCGCAGAUGGUGCCCAGGGCAAGAACAUCAACAUCGGCUGGCACGACCAGGGCAUGGGCGACGGCGAGUACAUGGCCGCCUUCCAGCGGAUCAUCAUGCCCAUCGCACAAGAGUUCAACCCAGACCUCGUCAUCAUCUCGGCAGGCUUCGACGCGGCCAACGGUGACGAGCUGGGCGGCUGCUUCGUGACCCCUGAAUGCUACGCACACAUGACACACAUGCUCAUGUCGCUCGCCAACGGCAAGGUCGCCGUGUGUCUCGAGGGUGGCUACAACCUGACCGCCAUCUCCAACUCGGCGCUGGCCGUCGCCCAGACGCUGAUGGGCGAGCCGCCGCCAACCCUGCACCUGCCCCAGAUCAACGCCGAGGCACACAAGACCCUGGAGCUGGUCAGGACCUACCAGGCGCCGUUCUGGCAGUGCAUGCGGCCCGGGGUCAUCGAUGUCCCCGAGAUCGAGAAGGAGGAGGGAAAGAGGCUGACGGAUGUUCUGCGCACGUCUCAGCUCGUUGAGUUUGCCGAGAAAUUUGACAUGUACCCGCUGUAUAUCCAGCGCGAGGCACUGUUUCGCACGUACGACAACCAGGUGCUGGUCUCGCGGAAUAUAGAGUCCGCCAAGAACAUCCUGGUCAUCCUUCAUGAUCCACCUGAGCUGCUGGGACAGCCGGACAGCCUGAACAAUACGAUCCCCAGUGGUAAUGCUUGGGUGGUGGAUCAAACUCCAAAGUUCGUGGAAUGGGCAGUUUCAAAGGACUUCGGCAUCAUGGACAUUAACGUUCCUCGCUUUCCACCUAACUCGCAGCAUUAUAUUCACCAGUCGGACGAGGCCAGGCUCCAGGCAGAGAUCAGAGAGCUCGUCUGCUACCUCUGGGACAACUAUCUGCAGCUCUAUGACGGGGACCUCUUCAUCAUGGGCGUCGGCUUUGCGUACAUCGGCAUCAAAAUCCUUCUUCUGAACAGGACCAACAUAGACUGCAAAUUCAAGUUCUCCGGUGUCAUCAACUUCGUCAACGGUCCCCUGCGCCCGAUCAAAUCCGACGUCGAUGAGCACCUCUCCACGUGGUACAAGCAUAACUCGCGGGUAUUUGUUGCUAGUAACCACCUGUGCUGGCUCGACGCGGGGUACGAGUCCAAGACGCGCAAGAAGCGCUUCGGCACGGUCAUCCGCAGUCCCGAGAAGGGGUUGAAUGCCAUGAUGAGGCGCCACGCCGAAGAGGUACAAGAGUUCAUCUGGGAACGGCGAGUUACGAGUGAGGGUGACACAACGGAGGAGGAUCCCAUGGUCAGUUAA